CCUGCGGCGGACGGGCCCGUGUCUCCUGUUACAGAUCCCAGACCCCUGCUCAGCACGCACGGUGGCAGCUGCCGUAAACACGGCUCCUGGCGGCACCGCACCUUCCCUCUUAAGGUCGUCUGCUCUGCCUCCCUUAGACUGGCCCUUGCCCAGCCAGUAUGAACAAUACGAGCUGAAGAUUGAAGUCCAGCCCCGGACACACCACCGGGCCCAUUACGAGACCGAGGGCAGUCGGGGGGCCGUGAAGGCUGCCCCGGGGGGUCACCCCGUGGUGAAGCUCCUGGGCUACGACGAGAAGCCGCUGACCCUGCAGAUGUUCAUUGGCACGGCCGACGAGCGCAACCUGCGGCCUCAUGCCUUCUACCAGGUGCACCGCAUCACCGGCAAGAUGGUGGCCACUGCCAGCUACGAGACCAUCAUUAACAGCACCAAGGUGCUGGAGAUGUCUCUGCUGCCCGAGAACAACAUGGCGGCCAACAUUGACUGCGCCGGGAUCCUGAAGCUACGGAACUCGGACAUUGAGCUGCGGAAGGGCGAGACCGACAUCGGGCGCAAGAACACCCGGGUCCGGCUGGUGUUCAGGGUCCACGUCCCCCAGGGCAAUGGGAAAGUCGUCUCCAUCCAAGCCGCCUCCGUGCCCAUCGAGUGCUGUGAGUGCCCAGUCACCAGGGGGUGCUGUGGGCUAGCCCAUGUGGAGAGGUGCAGCCUCAGCGCAGGGUCGGGGCGUGGGGGCGAGGAGAUGGUGCUGUCUGGCGCCAACUUCCUGCCUGACUCCAAGGUCGUCUUUAUUGAAAGGGGUCCCGAUGGGAAGCUCCAAUGGGAGGAGGAGGCCUGUAUCAACCGGCUCAAGAGCAACGAGACCACGCUGACCCUCACAGUCCCAGAAUACAGCAACCCACAGGUGGCCCGGCCUGUCCAGGUCUAUUUCUACGUCUCCAACGGGCGGCGGAAACGGAGCCCAACGCAGGCCUUUAAAUACUUGCCUGUGAUCUUCAAGGAGGAGCCACCCCCCUCCUCCCCACUCCGCGGCUUCCCCCCCGGCCCCUCCUCCCCAGUGCCCCCUUGCAGUCCCCCUUACCCUCCUGAGGGCCCCGGGGACAUGGACAUUUCCCCCAGUCACCCCCACUUCCCCUGCUACCCUGAUGACUCCCCCUACAGGGCUGGCUACUCCCCCUCCCCCGCGGCCUUCGGGAGCCCCUCCUCAUACCCUGACGGGCCCCCACUGCUCCCUUUGACACCCCCUUAUCACCACUGCCUGGCCACCGAGCCCUCCCACCGCUACCCCCACACGGAGCAGUACGGAGGGGCUGGGCUGACGGUGCCCCCCCACUUCCAUCCGCUGGGCUACCGGCCCCCCCACUUCCAGGCCCCUGCCCAGCUCACCCCACCACCACUGUCAGAGGGAGCCAGGCCCCCCAACUGGGGGGAUCCGGAGUCGGGGGAGACUGAGGAGGUGGAGAAACCCAGAGGCAGCGGAUACCGGGUGGCUUUCCGUGACAGCCUGCCUGUCCAGGGGAUCACGCUGGAGGAAGUGACCGAGAUCAUCGGCCGGGACCUGAGUGACUUCCCGGAGCCACUCUGUGAAGGCAGGGGGAGCUGAGACCCUGGCCGCUCCCGGGUCCUUCCUGGCUUAUCCAAGCUCUGUCCAUCUCAUUUCUGUUCAUCCGUCUGUGUCAAUCACAGUUCCAUCUGUCUGUCCAGCUCUCUGUCUGUCCGUCCAAGCUCUCUGUCCAUCGAUCACAGCUCCAUCCAUUCAUCCAUCCUAGCCCUGUCCAUCUGUCCUAGCUCUCUGUCUGCCCGUCCUAGUUCUCCAUCCAUCUGUCCAUCUCUCUUUCUUUCUACAUCAGGGAAGGAUGACUCUGAAGUCCCCAUCCCCACCCCCUUGUCUCCUCCCCCAAGCGCCCCUACCAUCUGGGCUUCACAGCAUAUGCCAGCUGCGGGGUGAGGGGGGCCCCCAGACUAUAUCACCCCUGUUCUCCGCCUCCCUCCUGGAGCCAUUUUCCUAUGGGGCAAAAAUACCCAACCAGGGGGAGGGGGAUAUUCCUAUCCCCGUGUAUGAGCCCACCCCCAUCAACUCAGCAAUGGGGGAGGGGGGCAGAUAUGGCUAAUGGUGGGGAAGAGGGGGGAGUUCAAGCCAUCAGAUUUUGCAGGGUAUAGGAAACAUCUCCCCCCCUCCCCCCAGGGGUAAAAUAAUUCUCCAAUAGAGUGGAGGAGGAUGUGCCAGCCCAUGGUGUCACAUGGAAGCCCCUUCCCUAGAUCUCCCCCCAAUGGGGACAAGAAGGAGUUAAUGACUACAAUGGUAUUGUUGUGGGGCUCGGGGAGGGGGUGUCCGUGAUUAUAUCCAGUUUUAUAUCGUUUAUUUUUUCCCUGACUUCUCCUUUUCUUUGAAUCCUGGUUUGUUUUGUAAUAAAAUGAAUUGAUU